AUGAGUGAUAAGAAAAAUAAUAACAUACCAUAAAAUAACAAUCAGGCAGAGGAUCCCAAUUAUGCAUUGCAAAUGUAGAUUAUUGCAUUUUAAGAUUAAACCAUCAAUAAUUUAAAAAAUAUUAUCAUUGAAAAAGAUUCUGAGCUUUAAAAAAAAAAUCAAGAAAAUGCCUAAUUGAGACAACAGAUUCAAAUGAUCGAGAAAUAGCAAUCGCAAUAAUAAAUGUCUCAUUAGUAGGAAAAUUCAAAUAUUUUAAAUUUAUAAUCUCAAUAUCAGAAAACAUUGGAUGAGCUCAAGAAAUUGAAAGUGAUUUUCAAUUAGAACUCUAAUCCUGAUAUAGUCAUGGAAUCACUUGAAAUCAAAGAAUAAUUAGUCUUAAUUUAGCAAUAAAAAAAUAAACUUGAAAUUGAAUUAAAAGAAGCAUAAACGAGACUCAUCCAAUCUCAAGGCAUCAUUUAAGAACUCUAGAGAGAAAAUUACCAAUUAAAAUCAUUUUCAAUGCCCUCAUUUUCUAAUCAGCCCCCAAUGCAAUAGGCAUCUAUUAGUUAGAGUUAAUUCUUAUAAUAACAAUACCCAUCAAACAACUAAAGUUAAAAUAACGAGGAACUUUAAAGGAAUCAAAGAAAACUUCAGCUAAAAAAUGAAUUAAGAUAAAUUCCCUCUUAAGGUAGAACAUAAGCAUAAUAAAGAAGAAUUCAAUAAAUUGAGGAUGAAUUAAAUUACUUAGAAUAAUUUUGA